UUGAAUUUAUUGGCGCUUGUCGUGCUAGCUAUGACCGGGCCGUCUCGCUAUAUCCAAGCUAGUGGAAUUAUUUCAUCAAUACGAGCUGCUUGUGUCUCACCAGAAAACGUUACCGUGGUCGCAUGAAAUGGAAGAUAAACUCUAACUGACAGAGGUCACUGCAGAGGGACCACAAUGGCAAGUGAUGUGUGCAGCCAUGUAAAGGUGGUUGUUCGGGUGAGGCCGCCCAACGAGAGCGAGAAGCGGGAAAACUGUCAAAAUGUGGUCCAGGUUGUUGAUAACCACAUGCUCAUAUUUGACCCCAAGGAAGAGGACACAUCAUGUUUUGGAUCACAGAGACUACGAAACAGGAACAUCAACAAGAGGGCUAACAAGGACCUCAAGUUUGUUUUUGACCAUGUAUUCGGAGAAGACUCUACUCAAGAUGACAUCUUUGAGAGCACAACUAAAGGAGUAUUGGAUGGUGUGAUGAAUGGAUUUAACUGCACAGUGUUUGCCUAUGGUGCUACUGGAGCAGGCAAGACGCACACUAUGUUAGGCUCGCAAAAUGACCCUGGGGUCAUGUACCGCACCAUGACAGAGCUGUUCAAACGCAUGGACGAUGCCAAGGAGGAGAAAGAGUUUGCUGUUGCUUUCUCCUAUCUCGAGGUUUACAAUGAGCAGAUCAGAGACUUGCUGGCUAAUAUAGGCCCUCUUGCAGUCAGAGAGGACAGCUCCAAGGGAGUGGUUAUUCAGGGCCUCACACUGCAUAAGCCCAAAUCUGCAGAGCACAUUCUUGAGGCUCUGGAUUCUGGUAAUCGCAACAGGACACAGCACCCCACUGACAUGAACGCAACCUCUUCUCGGUCACAUGCUGUAUUUCAGAUAUAUUUAAGACAGCAGGACAAAACGGCCUGCCUCAAUCCUAAUGUCUGCGUCGCCAAGAUGAGCCUGAUUGAUCUGGCCGGCUCAGAGAGAGCCAGCGCCACCAACGCCAAAGGGGCUCGUCUGCGGGAAGGUGCUAACAUCAAUCGCUCGCUCCUUGCCCUAGGAAAUGUUAUCAAUGUUCUUGCUGACCCAAAGAGUAAGAAAACUCAUAUACCGUACAGGGACAGCAAGCUGACGCGGAUACUUAAAGACUCCUUGGGGGGCAACUGCAGGACGGUUAUGAUUGCCAAUGUCAGCCCCUCGUCCAAGUCAUACGAUGACACCCACAACACACUGAAGUAUGCCAACAGGGCCAAGGAGAUUAAGUCCUCGCUGAAGAGUAAUGUUGUAAGCCUGGACAGUCACAUUGGCCAGUAUGUGGUGAUAUGUGAGAAGCAACGGCAAGAGAUUUUGCAGUUGAAGAAGAAACUAAAGGAAUACGAGGAGAAGAACAUGGUGCCUGGGGCUUCUAACAUGAUCUCUUCCCAGAAACAAGCAGAGUUCAAAGGGGUGUCAGAAGCUCUGCAGCGAAUCUUCUCGGGCCGGGCCCAAAUCAGGAAAGAACAGCUGGAUCUGGAGAGGCAAUUGAAGGAGAAUGAGCUGCGCCAGCGCUACAGUGAGGAGGACAACCUGCAGGUCCAAUAUUUCUGUGCCAAAGACAAGACUGAGAAGGCCACUUGCAAGCACGAGCGGAAGAUUGCCAGCUUACGCACUCAGCAGCAGCACAUUCGGAAACGUCUGAAGGAGGCAGAAACACGUUUCCUGGACAAUGACAGCUGGCUUCAUCGUGUCGAGAAUGAGAUUAAGCUGCUGAAGUCGAACGAUCAGGCCUCAGAGGUGUUAGAGAAGGGCCUACACUGCCACAGACUUGAGCUGCAGGUUAAUGAUCUCAAACAACACAUCAAGCAGAUGGUCGAGCUCGCUGCACUGCAGGAUCAGGAGAACAAGCGCAUGCAGAAAAUGGUGAACAUCUUGUUGCCAGCUUAUAGUCGGCACUACUCUAUGUUGCGUGAGACCGGGCAGGUCUCAGCCGCAGAUGAGCAGGAGAACCAUGAACUAGAGCACCUUGUGUUGAGGGAGAGAGGUGUGGUCUGGGCCGACCAGGAAGAGGUGGAGCAGCAGCUGAAAGGUAAAGGGACUGGAGACAAGUCACAGGAAGCAAUUGAGGCGGGCCGCAGCGAGUUGGCACCGGUCCUGUCUUUCUCACAUCUGCUGUACCACCAGAAUAGCCCCUGCAGUGCAGAGGGGCGCACAAAAAGAACAUCACUGUGCAACGCUGCUCCAUCACCAAAAGGUGCAGGAAAACAGACAGAUAUAAAACAGGAACCACUUCCCAGAAUGCCCAUCAGAAGAAACCUGUCCGCAUCACUUCCACCACAAAGCCCCCGUGCCAUGGCCAAGGCCGGAGCGUUUGAGGAGGGCAUGUUCCCGCUCCAGUGCACACCAGAACCUUCUCAAAAAACUGUUCAGGCCCUGCCACUGAGCUCUUCCAGCGCCAUGGAUCCCAACAUGACGUUUGAAGUUCUGGACAAUGAUGAUCAAACUGCAGCUAAUGCAACCAUCAUAAUAAGCACCGGCAGUCCCUGUCAAGAAUCAACGUCCACAGACUUUUCAGGCCCCAGCCACCUACUCCAUCCUCCCAAGGCGAAGGAAGGGAACCAGAUUCCUAGCAAAAGACAACAGAUGCCGUCUUUACAAGAGGUGAGACGAGCCAACCCAACCUACAUGAGCAUGACGUCUGCUGCACAAGGAAAGCGUAAAUUUAACAGCAGCAUCAAAGCAGAGUUAACACAGGGUUUCUCGGCACCGAAGCGCAUAAAGAAAGACCCCUCAGUGGCCCUGAGACCACUCAGAGUGCAUCGCUUUGCUGGUUCAGAGGAGAACAAGCCUCGGCGAGUUGUGAGGAGCAUUUCGGAAGGAAACCUCAACCUGCUCGAACCUCAGAAGUCCAAGUCCAUUUUCUAUAAAACGUCCCAGCAGUUAAAACGAGUGGCCAAACGGAUGUAGUGCAACAUCGUGUUUGUGUCAGUCUAUUACGCCUUUAUGAAGAUAUUCACUCUCUAUCCUCUUCAAACCUUAUUCAUCUUUUCAAAAUGUUUUCUUAAAACCUAAAAAAAAGUCUUCCACUGUGUUGGACGCUAAGGUAAUGAGACACAUUGUAAUAUAAGUUGCACUAUUUUGUUAUUGUCUUUGAUUUAGCCUCAGGCUGCAGUGGAAUUUUACUUGAUUGUAUAUAAGCAUUUUAUAGUUAUCGUUCAUCUCUUUAGAUUGUUCUUUUAAUUGUUUUAAGACCUAUUUUUUAUCAUUUCUAAACUUCUAGAUUUGAAGAUAUAUUUUAAAACAUCAAUGUCACACUAACAGCCAGAAAUUAAACAUGUCCUGUGGAUGCUCUGUGUUUUACAUACUUCAUUUACUUUGAAAUUUUCUCUAAAAAAUGAUCGGUCCGGUGGAUGACCACACUUCCCAGGGCAGCUAAUAUCAGAGGUAGGACUACACAUGACAGCAAAUGGAGGUAUGGCUGAGAAAAGAAAACUGAAACUGGUCUACGCUGAUCUGUUUUAUUUUUUAUCCCUUUUUUUGUACAGUUAAUAACUUGGGGUUAUAGAUAAUUCAUAAUAAAACUACCUAUAACAGGAUCUUUGGCUGUUUUUUAUUAAAUAAAUCCCUUUCUAAAAUGUA